UAUGUAGGGAACAACUCUCAAAGCAAAAUCAUCUUCGCAAUUAUCACACUUCCUGCAGCCCACAUGGACAACUAUUUCUUUUUCUUCGUCUUCCUGUUCUUCUCCCAUUUCCUCUCCAUUUCUGCAUCUAAUCUCUACAAAAUCAAACAACACGCCAUUGAUUUUACCUCUGAACUCAAAUCUUCUGACGACCCUCCACCACCAACGGAGUACUUUGAAGUCACAAGACCCAUUGAACUCCCCAAAACAAAACCUUUCUCUCACCACAUUCUCCACCACGACUUUGGCUUCACCUAUGGCCAACCACCAGUUCUCGCCAACUACACCCCACCCUCGCACUGCCCCUUCAAAACUUUCUCCAAAAUCGUGCUUGAGUGGAAGGCCACUUGCAAAGGAAGACAAUUUGAUCGCAUUUUCGGUGUGUGGCUUGGUGGGGUUGAGCUUCUGAGAAGCUGCACUGCAGAGCCAAGAGCCACCGGCAUUGUUUGGAGUGUCCACAAGGACAUCACAAGGUACCAUUCUUUGUUGUUAAGUCCCCAAAACCAAACCUUCGCUGUGUUUCUGGGCAACGUGGUGGAUGAAACCUACACUGGGGUUUACCAUGUUGAUGUCACUAUUCACUUUUACCCUUCUGUGAAAAAGAGUUUUGGUGAUGGGUCUGGUUCAAAGGUUGGAGAUUUGGCCUUUGGGGGUGGUGUCCCUGCUGAUUUGGUUCUGCCCAUUUCGAGAAACCUCCCACCGAAUGAUGGGUUGUGGUUUGUUAUUGACAAUUCCACUGAUGGGGGUUUCAAGGAGUUUAGGGUGCCCCAGAAUGCCUAUAGGGCUGUGUUGGAGGUGUAUGUUUCGUUUCAUGAGAGGGAUGAGUUUUGGUACACUAACCCUCCUGAGGAAUAUCUCAUUGCCAACAACCUCAGUGAUGUGCCUGGGGGUGGCCCUUUUAGGGAGGUUGUGGUUUCUCUUGAUGGGAAGGUUGUGGGUGCCGUUUGGCCUUUUACUGUGAUCUACACUGGAGGGGUUAACCCCCUCUUGUGGAGGCCUAUUACUGGAAUUGGCUCAUUUGAUCUCCCCUCCUAUGAUAUUGAGAUCACGCCACUUUUGGGAACCUUGUUGGAUGGGAAGAGUCAUUCGGUGGGGUUCACCGUGACGAACGCUUUGAAUGUUUGGUUUGUGGACGCAAAUCUGCACAUUUGGUUGGAUGGGAAGAGCAGUAGGACAGAAGGAGGAGUUUUGGAUAUUGUUGACAAGCCUUUGGCUUUGUCUCUGGUCACUGACUUCGAAGGUUUGAAUGGAAUAUUUUGGACUAGUGCAAGGAGGUCCAUUUUGUCUACUGGUUGGAUAAGAUCCUCCUAUGGGAAUGUUACCAUCAGUUUUGCUCAAGAUUUUGUUUACAACAAUUCAAUGGUGAUGGCUAAUGAUGGGAAUAUGCAAACUGUGAAUCAACUGAUUCUUUCCAAUGAUAGUGUUCAUGCUAAUCUGCCAUCACCCUUUGUUAAGGAUACACAGAGAAAAUUUUCUCUAUACUUGAGCUCAAAUGGGGUGGAUCAGGACAAUGAUACUUCUUUAUCCGUUUCAAAUGUUACAUUAGGAUUUAAUGUGGACAAGUCAAGGAGCUCGGGUUUUGGAUUUUCAAAGAGCUCUGUCAAAAAUGUGCAAGAUGGUCAGGGUACUAUGGUCAUCAAAAGGAAUUUGGUUGUUAGGGGAUUGGGUGAAACACAGCAAGAUUACAGUUAUGCAAGUGAUCAUGGACAUUGUUAUUCUAGGAAAGUUGGCAGCUCAAAUUACACUAUUCUCUAUGACAGAGUCAGUCAUCCAUGUAACAGAAGAAGUCACACUUAUCUUGGUUCUAAUUCUAUCAAAAAGUUGCCUGUUAUGUAGUGUGCUUUCUGUUAAGAACAGAGAAGGUUACUCUCCCUUGCUUGGUCCUACAAAAGUUCUUCCUUUCCGUAAAAGUUUUCCUUUAAAGCUCCAACUGCAGGGAUUUGUUCUGUGCUGCUGUGUCAGUUUGUUAUUUAUUUGCAACCAAGAUUUGUCUGUUUUACUCUUUUUUCACAACAAAUAUGUAUUAUGCAAUAAUCAAAUUGUGAUUCUCUUCCUCAGAUUAAUCCAACAUGGUUAGUUUUCUGA